AUGGACGGACAGUCGCAAACAGCAGCAAUUGCUGCUGCUGCUGCAGCUGCUGCUACCGCGAGUAGCGCCGACACUGCAGCAGCAAGGAAGCGCCUCGCACUUCUCUAUCAGCAAUUAGCCGUAGACGACCGUCGUUACGUCUCGGAAACUGACAGAGACGAGAUAUUCAGGCGGCUGAGAAAGGACAACAGGAUGUGCUUCGAUUGCAGUAGCAGGAACCCCACAUGGAUAUCCCUAACACAUGCAAUUUAUGUCUGCCUCACCUGCUCUGGCAAGCAUCGCCGGCUGGGCACACAUCUUUCCUUCGUGAGGUCUACGGAGAUGGACAAGAUAUACCCAGAGCAGUUGUUUCGCAUGGAAUUGGGCGGUAAUCGCCGGGCUCACGAUUUCCUUAGAGAACACGGAGCAGAUCUCAGCCAGCCACUGGACUACCACGGCAAGCUGGCGGCGAAGCAUCGGCAGAUGCUGGAUCGCCUCGUCUCUUCUGAAAUGCAGAGCAUUGGAUGGAUCCCGGGUGCCCCCCAGGAGGGCGCAGGGAUGCCUGUGCAGCAGAAGGCUACCACUGCAGCAUCGUACGCGCAGCAGCAGCCGCAGCAGCCAGUGCAGGAAUGCCACUCUAUUAAAGGACAUGGUGCAUCUCCAGAGGCCUCGGUGAAACCGUAUGGGCAGCCCCUUGCGACUGCAGCAGUGCCAGCAGCAGUGGUAGCAGCAAUGCCAGCAGCAGCGGCUCCUGUAGUGCCCUCCCCCACUCCCGUAUCGAUGCCAACAGCCACCGUGGGGGCUGCCCGCCCAGGAUUGGGAGACCCUUCCUGGGGAGGCUUUCCGAGGCCAAGCGGCGCGGUGAAGGGUGUGAGGAGCCGCAAGUUGGAAAUGGACUUUGAUUUUGAGAAGGAAGCGGCUUUGCUGGCUGCAAAACAGAGAGCGGCAGCCCAGGGAACGGCUUAUAGUCCCGGGCCGUCUUCGCCGCCUUCUCUGCACCAGCAGCCAGCGGCGCGUAGUGGCGCAAGCAUGAACAGCAACUCCAACAGCAGCAGCAACGGCAUCAGCAAUGCUCCUUAUGCAGCGCCAGCUCGCAAUUUUGGAAGCAACGGCGCGACAGCCCUUGGGCACAGUGCAUCCGCGGGUGGGGAUUAUGGUACGAGUGGCAUUUCCGCUUCUGGGGCAUCUGGAAGCAACAGCAACCGUUUUUCGGGAGCGAAGAGCAUUUCCUCUGCUCAGUACUUCAACGACGAAGAAAGCGCCCCUCCAGUCGCCGCUGUGCCUAUUGAUCCUUCAAGGACGGCUAUCGGGUCUGAUGAAAUCUUUGGGAGAAGUACCAGCAACCGACGAGGAUGGGAGGACCAAAGCGCUGCCCGCGUCGAGGCGCUGCGCAUGCAUGCGCAGCAGGGGUGGCAACAGCUGUCUCAGGCGGGCAGUGACGCCAUUAGCAAGGCGCGCGAGUGGCUUGCUGGCACUUGA